AUGCAUGCCAACAGAGCAAACCGUUGUGAGGAGCUUCCAGUGCAGCACAGCCGUGGUGAGGAUCCAGCGAGCGUCCCAAGCAGCCCGCGCAAGCACGACUCACAGCGGGCGAGCGACUCACAGUGGGCGAGCGACUCACAGCGGGCGAGCGACUCACAGCGGGCGCGCGACUCACAGCGGGCGAGCGACUCACAGCGGGCGAGCGACUCACAGCGGGCGCGCGACUCACAGCGGGCGAGCGACUCACAGCGGGCGCGCGACUCACAGCGGGCGAGCGACUCACAGCGGGCGAGCGACUCACAGCGGGCGAGCGACUCACAGCGGGCGAGCGACUCACAGCGGGCGAGCGACUCACAGCGGGCGAGCGACUCACAGCGGGCGAGCGACUCACAGCGGGCGAGCGACUCACAGCGGGCGAGCGACUCACAGCGGACGAGCGACUCACAGCGGGCGAGCGACUCACAGCGGGCGAGCGACUCACAGCGGGCGCGCGACUCACAGCAGGCGAGCGACUCACAGCGGGCGAGCGACUCACAGCGGGCGAGCGACUCACAGCGGGCGAGCGACUCACAGCGGGCGAGCGACUCACAGCGGGCGAGCGACUCACAGCGGGCGAGCGACUCACAGCGGGCGAGCGACUCACAGCGGGCGCGCGACUCACAGCAGGCGCGCGACUCACAGCGGGCGAGCGACUCACAGCGGGCGAGCGACUCACAAGCGGGCGAGCGACUCACAGCGGGCGAGCGACUCACAGCGGGCGAGCGACUCACAGCGGGCGAGCGACUCACAGCGGGCGAGCGACUCACAGCGGGCGAGCGACUCACAGCGGGCGAGCGACUCACAGCGGGCGCGCGACUCACAGCGGGCGAGCGACACACAGCGGGCGAGCGACUCACAGCGGGCGCGCGACUCACAGCGGGCGAGCGACUCACAGCGGGCGAGCGACUCACAGCGGGCGAGCGACUCACAGCGGGCGAGCGACUCACAGCGGGCGCGCGACUCACAGCGGGCGAGCGACUCACAGCGGGCGAGCGACUCACAGCGGGCGAGCGACUCACAGCGGGCGAGCGACUCACAGCGGGCGCGCGACUCACAGCGGGCGCGCGACUCACAGCGGGCGAGCGACUCACAGCGGGCGAGCGACUCACAGCGGGCGAGCGACUCACAGCGGGCGAGCGACUCACAGCGGGCGCGCGACUCACAGCGGGCGCGCGACUCACAGCGGGCGCGCGACUCACAGCGGGCGAGCGACUCACAGCGGGCGCGCGACUCACAGCGGGCGAGCGACUCACAGCGGGCGCGCGACUCACAGCGGGCGAGCGACUCACAGCGGGCGCGCGACUCACAGCGGGGCGAGCGACUCACAGCGGGCGCGCGACUCACAGCGGGCGAGCGAGACGCGCACGAGGGCGCGCCCGUGUGUUCAUCGAUUUGCCAGGCUCAUCCGUCCCUGCGUGCUCGCACUCGCCUUCCGUCCAUCCGCCACACUGCCUCUGCUGCCCCCAUUUGAACCUCCGGCGUUCACUCACCUCCAUAUCCCCCCUCCCCUCUCCUCCUCGCCCAUACUCCCUUCCCCUUCGCCCUCCCACGUUUCCCCCUUCUCCCCCGCCCUUUGCCCCUCUCCCCGUCUCCUGCCGUCCCCCCAACCCCGCCCCUUGCCCCUCGUCCUCCGCCUGGCAGGUUCAUCUACGUGUUGGUGGGGGGGGGAGCGCUGCUCACACUGGUCACCAUAGUGGGGGCCGUGGCAGCAGAGAGCAACAACGGCUGCUGCCUCUCAUGCGUACGUCACUGCACUGCUGCCUUGCCUGCCACAUCCCAGCUUCUCUUGCUGCAUGCGUGAUGGUGUAUGCUGCAUGCGUGAUGGUGUUUGCUGCAUGCGUGAUGGUGUAUGCUGCAUGCAUGAUGUACCAGUUCGGCCUGUGCGUGCUGCUGCUCAUCCAAGGAUCCCUCGCUGCCCUCGUCUGCCUUCAGGACGUGCCGGAGGACUCCACGGGCGAGUACGAGAAGGAGAGGGCGUUUGUGCUGCGCAACCUCGACCUCUGCCGCCUCGCUGCCGUCAGCCUGCUGCUCGUUGAGGGCACGGCGCUGCUGCUGGCGAUGAUGCUGAGGGCCAUGCACAGCGAUGCUGCACUGGCGGACGACGACGACUACAUCGCCCCCCACCGCCACCCCAACUCACGCCUGCGCCAGCCGCUCCUCCGCCCGCCCCACAUGGCGCCCCCUCCUCCCUACUCCUCCGCCGUCCCCUCUUCCUCUGCUGACGCUGGUGGUGGUGGUGCGGGUGGGAGUGGCGCGAGUGGCGUGGGUGUGGGGGGAGCAGCGGACGGUGCAGCAGCAGCAGGAGGAGAGGGGGGAGCAGCAGCGCUGUCAGAUGCCUGGCGGAACAGGAUUCUGGAGAAG